AUGGACCUAGUAAGUGUGUUCCUAGGAUAUGACUUAGAAACAAAACUAGUCUAUUCCAAGGGCACUGAAUUCAGACAUCCUACAUUCCAUAUAUUUUUAGCGAUUGCAUUGAUUGAAGCAAGAGGAGGCAGGGGUGGUGGAAGGGGCGGGGGAAGAUUUUCAUCCAGAUCCCGCUCAAGAUAUCGCUCAUCAUCCAGAUCUCGCUCAAAAUAUCGCUCAUCCUCCAGAUCCGCUUCCAGAUCUAAAUUUUCUGGAAAUAGAAUUUCUUCUAAAGGCCAACUUCGAACUGCCAUUUUGAUAGGCACAGUGUACGGUGCGACGAGAUGGAAGAAUCGAUACAGCUACCAAAAUGACAACGAAUUGCCCGAGGUCUGUUAUAAUGAUAAAUACGACAAGGCUCAGGAUGGCAACUCCACUUACCUAGGGCGCUUCCUCUGCCCCACGGACGGGAGUAUGAGGGGUGACAUGUAUUACUGCUGCGGGGAGGAGGGACAGCAGUACUGCUGUACUUUCUGGGGAGAUGGGGGACGUGUGGCGGGCGUGGUCCUCGGUGUCCUCGUGUUGGUGGCGAUCGUCUUCACCACCUGCUACUGUUGUGUCAAUAAAGGAAGCCCGAGGUCAACGUCAUUCCUCCGCACUCCUUAUCAAUUGGCUCAAACCUGAUGACGUGUGAUUAAGGAAAAAUGACCUUGGCACAUGAACAACCUGCGAUUAUAAAGUAGAUGAUGAUAUAUUAAUAUCUAUACAUAUUUUUAUACUCUGGUUCUCACUUUUUUUUUUAAAAAGGAGGAAAAAAUCAGUGUUUAGUUUUUAGCAGUGAUGUGUCUAUGGUUUGGUCAGUUGAUGGAAAUUGGUAUUAUCUGCCAGAACCACCCCUCAGUUAGCCAAUUGAAAAUAUGGAGACACGCCUUACCCCACAGGCAAUGCGCCUUACCCUGCUGGCAAUCCAGCUUACCCACCCAUGGGAAACAUGCUUUAUAUACUAAGCAAGGUUUCCUACCCAGGCAUGUAAAAUGUGUUUGAGUUAUAUUCUAAUCGACAAUAGACAUUCAUGCUUGGAUACUGAAACUAAGUACAUGUACUCUUAAGGGGGUUAGGGGGUGGCUGCCAUUUUAGACAGUUUUGAUCUCCUUUAAAAGAAGAGCUCCAUAUAAAAAUAUUAGAAAAUAUUAAAAUUUCAUAUUAAAAUAUAUGAAUUUUUUCUUUAUCAAAUAGUAGUUGAUAGCAUCAGAAAUCGCAUAUAAAAUUUUCAAAUAAAUCUGAUGGUUUUAUAUUAUAUUAUAUUUUGACCCCCCAGCCUCCUUAACACUUUUUACUUUAUUUUUUUAUCAAAUGUAUUUUUAGUAUUUCCAAGUUGCAUGCAACUUUUUCUAGUCCUAGCAUAAUUUGAAAUAUGUGCAAUUGAUAGAAAGUAUUAUCUUCGCAAGAUUGAAUAAUUGGGUUAUUCUUUAAUCGGAAAAGGUUUUUUAUGAUAAAGGGGACCGAUUACUUUCCAUUGUCCAUUGGAGACUAUUAGAAUUUAUAUGAGGUAUAGCUAACACAAAUUUCAUUAAGAUAAGUGGCGACCUUCAAAAGAUAUGUUAUGACAUUCAUG